CUUGGAGGCGGGUCUAAAACGAACGGGUGCCGGGAAUUGACAAGGCUGGGCUUCAAUCAAAGCCCAAACAUAAGUGGAAGUAUGAGUGGGACUGGUGGAAUCUCUAUGACCUAAUAAGAAAGAGAAAAAAAAAAAAAAAUGCGAUUCUGUGCAGGUCGGAAGGUGGCUGCUGAAGAUAUAGGCGCUCGACUGCUGGCUGAUGCAUUGAAAAGGGGUAACAACAGAAACACUCCGCACACCUUGAGUCUCAAAAAGUCGUAUCGUUGUGCCCGGCCGGUGUGUGUGUGCCCUCUUUCCUACAACAACUCUCCUACAUGCAAACCAACAAGCAUGGAGCGGCAACAACAUCCAAGAUAUCAAAUAUCAAACGAAACAGUUCGCUUCGCAGAAGCAAGGCAGAAAAUCUCAACAAGCCUCAGUAAUCUUAGAACAGCAUAAACGAAGGGAUGCUAUUCAGCUGCAUCCGGCAAGUGGGAUACAGCCUCGAGCAACAUAUUCUGAUGAUUUAUUUUCACGGAGUAUUAUUCCAGGUUUCCGCAUCCCCAACCGCUGGGUUCGGAGAAAUUAUACAGAGUACUCCGUACCGUACCAGACAGACUAGAUCCCUCGGACUUAGUUAGGCGGCGGUUGAGGCCGAGAAUUCGUACAAAAGCCAAGCAAUUUAGCUGAAUGCGGAGCUCCGGUGAGCACGUCCGCCGCCCUGGACUCUGCCGGCCACGAACGCCAACCUGGCCAACAGCUUAGUUACGCUGUAACAAGCCAGAGAGAAAACCCUCUGCUCCGUACGUUAACUCUCGCUGGCCCCGCGUUGGCAAUCUGCAAAGGAGAAAGAAAAAAAUAAAAAGAAUAAAAAAUAAAAAAUUCUAUGACUGUUGGUCGAUGUCACCAUCAUCGCCCAUUCCAUUCUGCGUGGAAUCGCGGGUAGCUUGGAUCCUCCCUCGUUCAGGUUGGGGGUUGGCGAUGCGCAUUGGACACAGCCAGAUGAUUGCCACGGAAUCCUCUUCCCGACCAUCUUGCCCGUUCUGUUAGCUGGCGACUAGGGCCUGGGCCAAGAAACUGUUUUUGAAGCAUGGAUUGUUUGUGAGAGAUCUCAUGACUCGACUAGAAUUUGCUUCUUCUUCUUCUUCUUCUUCUUCUUCCUCCAAUUGCUUCUGUCUCACCUCACUUGUCCUCAACUCUCGAAAUGCUCUCCACCAAUCCGACCUUCACACACCUUGGAUAAACUACAUACGUGCAUAACCGCUUUUACCCAUUUCUCUUGCAUCACCGUUACCGAUCACCUCCUCCAUGGGACUUAAAGCCCUGCCAAACCCAGCUUCUCGGAUUUUAGCGUGGCCCUUACUUUCUCCCUCAAUUCCACCCCACUUGCUCUUAUACCUAGCUUGCUGCUCUCUCUUCUGCCAAAUCUCAUCUGCAUGAAGACCUUAACUCCAUUGACGAAGUAAAAUUGAGUUGCCAUUGAAACCCAGCAACGGCGGUUGCCCAAAGUAGCUAACUACCGGCCAACUUCGAAACCCUUUUCCCCGGCAGUCUUCUCUGACUUCGGAACCCUGAUGUAAGAGACAAAUGUCGGACAUCUAUCCUAUUUCGCCUUCGUGGGACAAUCCCAUUCCGCAGCACACCCCCGAGCUCGACCCCAGCCAUGAUUCUAUACAAGGAGACCCGGACAUUGAAUCAUAUGUCGAUGAAUUUCUUUUGCUCCAUCAGCCUGGAGAAUCACAGAAUACAAUGAUGACAGGCAGAUGUGGUUUUACCGGUGGUUUUGACUUCAAGCUCCCAGGUACCAUCCAACAAGCAUACAACCUCGACAAAAAUGCCCGAAGUCCGGAAAUCAAGCUUGGCUCUGGAAGCCCAGAGAUCAAUGAAGAACCCUGGCACCUUUUUGAUAUAUCUACAUCCUCUGAUACGGAUCAAUAUCCCAGUACAACGCUCUCAAAUUUUGGAAAAUUUAACUCAGCCUUGGGGCUUAAUGAUCUGACUGGAGAUUUCGGCUCUUUACCUUUGGAUCAACCAUACUAUCAAGAGACGGGCUUUGGCAGUGAGUAUGCAGACCGCUUCCAGCACGCACAUGAACCAGAAGCCGGGUUCCAGGAUCUACACAAGUCGUGGCCUUCCAGCCCGCAAGAAGGACAAACUUCUUUUGCUCAGACAUACGAAUCUACCAUAUCAACAGACGACGACCCUCGUAAAUGUGAAGAGAAUGGCACGACGAGGGACUACUCCAUCUCAUACUUUCCGUUGUCGCAAUUAGAUUUUCCCGGAGUGUACCCAGAUUCAGAUCCGAACAAUAUAUCGAUUCCAGAUUUCUCGUCUGUGGUACUGCCAACCGAGCCACUCAAGCAGGAGGGCACUGAAUAUCAUGAUAAACCAAAGAAAAAGUUGCCACCAACCAUUUCUGACAAGACUCGUAUGCACACUUCAGGCCACACCACGCAUAUCAUUCUCAAUUCGAAAUAUACGGAGGAAGGUAAUGGCCAAUAUAUAGGAUGGCGUAGCCACUCCGAAGAGGAAGCGCCACAGAAAACCCACCACCUCAGUCCUGUGAACAACAUAAAAGAAAAUUUCUCGAGUAAUCUGCUCCCCUCCCCAGAUGGAUCGAACCAUAUGACUAUAACCGAGUUGCCUUCAAGAGGAAUGCCCCAGAAGCCGAACCAAAGCACUCGUGCCGCCACAACCCGAAAACGGAAGAAUAGGAAUACGGGUGCUGUGGACAAGAAGCCUGUGAAGACGAUGGCUAUACAGAUUGUUCAAGAGGAUGGGCUUGGCGGGUCAUUGGAACCUUCGGCAUGUAUCCCAGCGGUGCCCAGAGCACGUCGUAACGGCCCCUUAUCCCUCGACGGGCGGCGAAAUGCUGCGAUGCGCAGAAAGGAUAAAAGUGUAUGCGUAUGGUGCCGUCUAGCGAAGAAAAAGUGUUCCGGCGAAAGUCCAUGCAGCACAUGCGUCGAGCAGGCCAGAACAUGCAUGGAAGAGGCCGAAACUGUUGUUUUCAAGCAACCAUGCGUGAAAGCAGACUUUUUCCAAAUUGUUGAGUCUGGAACGUGCAACUAUAUUUCCCAACGAGCAAUCAAUCAUCCAACCCUAGACGGAUCGACGCGGGUAAGGAUGGAGCUACCAGUUACAUUCGAAAUGAAAGAUUUGCUCGACCUCCUUGACAAGCGUCGUGGACGAUUCAACAUCCGGGCUCGUCAAUCGUGGGGUACCCUGUAUACAUUAGACCUGAAUGAAACUUAUAAUUACCUCAAGGGAUUCAGUAAAGCGGAAGACAGCUCUAAUUAUGACCUUGGGGAUUUCAUCGAUCGCAAAAUCCUGAAAUUCAACAAGUGGACAAGCUGCGUCAAGGACUGCGAUCCAGUAAACAAUCUUUUUUCCCUCCUAUCCCAAUGGAACAACAUGCCCAGUCGUGCCAGCUACGAUUUUGUCCCCAUAUCUGACGACCAAGCUGAUCGGCCCAUGGACGUCCACGAUCCAGAAGACUGCGUCGACAUCCUCCUUGCAGCCCAACUCUCCCGCAUAUUCUGUCGCAAACUCGAAGUAGACGGCUACCGCGCUCUUCAAAACGCCCUGAACAAGAACAAAUGGGACAGCGUUCCCUACGACUCCUUUAUAAAAUUUGUCUCACAGCUGGGACAGAUCCUGCUCACACUCCGGUGGCGGGUGUCAUGGUGGGAACUGCUAGGCGACGGCGGCACCACACCAGAUGCCAAUAAGGAGCGCUACGAGGACCGUGUUCGCCGCCUCUGCCAGGUCUUGUACUUUUAUUAUUCAUCUGUCAAGUUGAAGUUGCCUGCGUGGACGGCCCCGACGGAGCUCCAUGGGGUGUGGUCAACCUAUGCAGAUGCGACGAGUAUUUGGGAUGAUUUCCCGUCCGACCCGUCAAUAGACGGGUUUAAUGUCUGGAUGGCGAGAGGCAAGGAACUUAUUCGAGAAGCAGGUGUGCAGGGUCGAAUCUCGAGCUUUUGCAAGUAGAUUGCGGCGCUAGGGGGUGGAAUGAUUCUUCUACCCGUCUUUCUCGUUAAGUGAAUACUCUCUUCUACUUUUCCUAUUCUCUUCUACUUUUCAUUGGCCUAUAUCUGAACGUAAUAACGCAAUUGUGCUUUACUCUGAUCAUUAUUCUGCUGGGAAUGUUAUCCAUGGAUCAUUUUUCUUGUUACCUCAACUCUAUUUUAAUAUAUAUACUCACAUGCACCAUGCCAGAGCAGGAUUCUGGCUACGUGUGGACAUACACCAAACUGCUCCUUUGAACAGCCAAAGAAGCCGUUCCGCAAAAGCCACUGUUCCCUGCUUAUAUUCGAAUAUUUACCCUUACCUCAUCUUCACAUGGACAUAUUCAUUCUUUUUUUUUUUUUUUUUUUUUUUUUUUUUUAUGCGCAUGUAUAUAGCUUCAUAAUUUACGAUACCAAUGUCUAAUAAUAUAUUCCUUCAUCCUAAUAUUCUAACCAUUUCUA